AAACCCCCACCAAACCCACCGCACAAGCGCGCGCUCGCCAAAAUGCCGCCGCCGCCGCCGCCGCCGCCGCGGCAGGACUUCCCGGCGUUCCCUUUCGCGCCGUACCCGAUCCAGUCGGAGUUCAUGUCCUUCCUCUACAGCGCGCUCUCCUCCGGGCCCCGCGCCCUCGCCCUCCUCGAAAGCCCCACCGGCACCGGGAAGACCCUCAGCAUCAUCUGCAGCGCGCUCCAGUGGCUCCUCGACCGCCGCGACGCCGCCCCCGAACGGGCCAAUGGCUCCGUCCCCGCUGCUGCCGGCGGCGAAGACGACGACGAGCCCGACUGGAUGCGGGAUUUCACACCGCUGCCGCCUAAGAAGGGCGCCGGUAAGAAGUCGGAGACUCACCCCUGGAGGAGGCAGGGGACGAAGAAGGUGGGGGGUUCGGAGAAAUCCGAGGGGACCGGGGAGAACGACGGCGAGGAGGAGUUCUUGGUUGACGAGUACGAGAGCGAUGGCGAGGAGGGCACAAGGCCGCAUGCCGCCGGGAAGCGGGCACAUCGUGGUGGUGGUGGUAGCAGUAGUAGUGAGAGCGAGGACGAAGAGGAAGAAGAGGAGGCGACCCCCAAGGUGUAUUUCACCAGCCGCACGCACUCGCAGCUCUCGCAGUUUGUCCGGGAGCUCAAGAGGACGGAUUUCUCCGGGAAGCUCAGGACGGUGUGCUUGGGGUCCAGAAAGAGCUUGUGUAUUAACAAGGAUGUUCAGAAGCUGGGGAGCGCAAACCGGAUCAACGAGAGGUGCUUGGAGCUGCAAAAGAACAAGAAGAGCAGCAAAAUCAAGGUCGAGGGUGAUAACAAAAAAGGGCACCGAACAAAGACCUCCUGUGGGUGCCCGAUGUUAAGAAACAGAAGUCUGCAGAAACAGUUCAGGAGUGAAGUGUCUGACCAUGGUGCAUUGGAUAUCGAGGAUUUGGCACAAAUUGGAAGGAAGAUUGGAACAUGUCCGUACUACGGUGCACGUGACAUGGUCCGCUCAGCUGACCUUGUAGUACUUCCUUACCAGUCUUUGUUGCUGAAGUCUGCUAGAGAAUCACUUGGCCUUAAUCUGAAGAACAGUGUUGUCAUCAUAGAUGAGGCUCACAACUUAGCAGACUCCCUUACUAGCAUGUACAACUCAAAGGUCACAUCUUCUCAGUUGAGGGCAGUUCUUUCCCACCUGGAGGCAUAUCUCAAUAGUUUUCAGAAUGUUCUGGGAGCUGGAAAUCGACGUUACAUCCAGACCUUGACAGUUCUAACACGGUCAUUCCUACGAUGUUUGAUAAGUAAUGAAGAUUGUUCCUCUGCUGUGACCUCUGUGACUAUAAAUAAGUUCUUGUUCUCCCUUGAUAUCGAUAACAUAAACAUAGUAAAACUUUGUCAGUAUCUGAAGGAAAGCAAUAUAAUCCACAAGGUUAGUGGCUAUGCCAACAAAUUAUUUUUCACCGAAACUGGUGUGGGUGAUUUGAAUCAUGGGCAGCAACAUGGUGAAGGAAGCAGUAUAACAAGCUUUCAGGCUUUGGCUGACUUUUUACGCUCUCUACUGUACUGCAAUGAUGAUGGAAGAAUCAUAGUUGCACGGCACAAGCCUGGUGGACACUCUGAAGAUGCAUAUAUCAAAUUUGUGAUGCUUUGCGCAGAGAAAACAUUUUCUGAGGUCACAGAUGACGCACAUGCUGUUAUUAUGGCCGGUGGAACCCUCCAGCCUAUUGAAGAAACAAGGCUGCGCUUGUUUCCAGGCUUAUUGCCUAGUGAUAUAAAAUUCUUCUCGUGCAACCACAUUGUCCCCCCUGAGAGUAUUCUUCCUAUAGCUGUUCCAUGUGGGCCCUCAGGCAAGAAAUUUGAUUUCAGCCACAGCUCAAGGAGCUCUCCUACCAUGAUCGAAGAGCUUGGACGUUUUCUUUGCAAUAUAGCAACAAUAGUACCAGAGGGAAUAGUAGUGUUUUUCUCUUCCUAUGAUUAUGAAAAGCAAGUUUAUGAUGCAUGGAUGGCUUCAGGCACAAUUUCAAAGAUUUCUAAGAAGAAGCACGUGUUCAGAGAGCCAAGAAGCAGUGUGGAUGUCGAGAUGAUACUCAACAAAUACAAGGAGGCAAUUCAAUCCUGCUGCAGCAAAGGUUCAGGAGACACUAGUGUCAACGGGGCACUUUUAAUGGCUGUUGUUGGUGGGAAGAUCUCUGAAGGCAUAAACUUCAGCGAUGGUAUGGGUCGUUGUGUUGUGAUGGUUGGAUUGCCUUAUCCAAGCCCAGAUGAUGUGGAACUGAUGGAGACAAUAAAACACAUUGGAAACUAUUCUUCUACCUCAUCUGUUGCUGGAGAUGACGAGUCCUCGAGCAGGGACGAUGAAUGCAAGGUUGAGCCUGGUUUUGGUAUUCUAAGGAAGAGUGGUAAAAGUGGUCAAGAGUACUAUGAAAACUUAUGCAUGAAAGCCGUGAAUCAGUGUAUCGGCAGAGCAAUCAGGCAUGUAAAUGACUAUGCUGCAAUGCUGUUGGUUGACUCGCGUUACUCGCACACCUCAUCAAGCAGGGGUUUCUCUUGCCCCGUUGAAAAGCUACCCCAGUGGAUCAAGACACGGCUGACUUGCGGUCAAAACUACGGGGAAGUUCAUAGAUUGUUGCUUCAGUUUUUCAAAAUCAACAAACAAAUACAUUGAAAUGUUACAGAUGUAAUAUUGCUACAAUUAAUGAAGCCAAUCCAUGUACACAUAGGUUUGCAUAUCCGUGGUGCAUUUUUGUUUGGCUGAUAUGAGCGCAAUGCGAUGACCAACCGUUCAAAGGUUGAGUUAG